CAAAAAGAGGAAGGAAGAAGAGGAACAGUGAGAAGGACACAGCCCGAACCUGCCGUUGCAGCAGCCAAAGUUGCCUUGUGAUUCAUUUGUUUUAAUCUGGGAACGCUCCAUUCCAGCUAGCCAUUCUGAAUCACAGCUUCCAGCUGGACUCAUUAGGAAUGACUCGUUGGCAGAAAAGUGAAAAGACGACUGGAGUGGCAAUAUACAAUUUCAAAGCUACACAAGUGCCCCAGAUAUCACUACAGAUUGGGGAUGUGGUCCAUAUAUUGGAAGACUAUGAAGAUUGGUACAGGGGAUACCUUGUCAGACAUAAAGAAACUGAGGGAAUAUUUCCAAAAUCUUUUAUCCACAUCAAAGAAAUUGCUGCUGAGAAGAAAAGAAAUGCAGAAAAUGUAAUACCUGCUGAGAUUCCAUUGGUACAGGAGGUUACCAGCACACUAUGGGAAUGGGGUAACAUCUGGAAACAACUGUAUGUGGCAAACAAAAAGGAACACUUCCGGCAGGUACAAGCAAUGAUGUGCGAGUUAAUGGAGUGGAGGUCACAGCUCCUCUCAGGGACAUUGCCCAAAGAUGAGCUCAAAGAACUAAAACAAAAGGUCACUUCCAAAAUUGAUUAUGGCAACAAGAUUCUUGAGCUGGACCUGAUUGUUAGAGAUGAAGAUGGCAAUAUUUUGGAUCCAGACAAAACCAGUGUCAUCAGCCUCUUCCAUGCGCAUACCGAAGCUACAAAAAAAAUCACAGAAAGAAUUAAAGAAGAAAUGUCAAACGAUGAGCCUGUUUAUGGAACCUUCUGCCGAAAUACUUCAUCCCCCACUCACAGCCUUUAUGUCUUUGUAAGGAAUUUUGUCUGUAAAAUAGGAGAAGAUGCUGAACUUUUCAUGUCCCUCUAUGAUCCCCAUAAGCAUAUGGUGAUAAGUGAAAAUUACUUGGUGAGAUGGGGGAGCAAAGGUUUUGUCAAAGAAAUUGACAAUUUCAACAAUCUGAAAGUGGUUUUCACUGAUCUUGGAAACAAAGAUCUUGGAAGAGACAGAAUUUAUUUGAUUUGUCAGAUCGUACGGAUUGGAAAAAUGGAUCUCAAAGACACUAACACCAAAAAAUAUACUCAGGGCAUAAGACGGCCUUUUGGAGUGGCAGUAAUGGACAUCACAGACAUCAUAAAAGGAAAAGCAGAAAGUGAUGAAGAGAAACAAUAUUUCAUUCCCUUUCAUCCAGUGCCAGAGAAUGAGUUUUUGCAUAACCUCUUAAGCAAGGUCACCACAUUCAAAAGUGAUAGUGGUGGACAAGGAUUAUGGGUAACAAUGAAAAUGCUUGUUGGAGACAUUACUCAUAUUAGAAAGGACUACCCUCACCUUGUUGACAGGACAACAGUUGUUUCUAGGAAACUUGGCUUCCCUGAAAUAAUCAUGCCAGGUGAUGUAAGAAAUGACAUCUAUAUUACCUUGCUAUGUGGAGAUUUGGAUAAAUUUAAUAAAACUACUCAGAGAAAUGUAGAAGUCAACAUGUGUGUCUGUGAUGAAGAUGGAAAAGUCAUACCUAAUGUGAUUUGCUUAGGGGCUGGAGACAAACCUGUGAAUGAAUACAAGUCAGUUGUCUACUAUCAAGUCAAACAACCCCGUUGGAUGGAGACAUUAAAGGUAGCCUUACCCAUUGAGGAUAUGCAAAGAAUUCAUUUGCGUUUUAUGUUUAGGCAUCGGUCAUCUUUGGAGUCUAAAGACAAAGGAGAAAAGAACUUUGCAAUGGCCUACGUAAAAUUAAUGAAGGAAGAUGGGACAACUCUGCUUGAUGGCAUUCAUGAACUGACAGUUUUAAAGGGUGAUAGUAAGAAAAUGGAAGAUGUCAACAUGUACCUGAGCCUCCCUUCAACCCGCAGUCAAACAGAGCCUAAAAUCUCAACCUUAAGUCGGAGCGCAAGCAUUGUCGGAGGGCUCUCUGUAAGCUCAAGAGAUUCCUUUGCCAUUUCAACUCUCAUUUGCUCAACUAAGCUAACCCAAAAUGUGGGUUUACUGGGCCUUUUGAAGUGGCGAAUGAAACCUGAGCUCUUGAAGGAGAACUUAGAAAAAUUGAAGAUUGUGGAUGGCGAAGAAAUUGUGAAGUUCCUCCAGGAUACCUUAGAUGCCCUAUUUAAUAUCAUGAUGGAACAUUCUCAUAGUGACUCAUAUGACAUUCUUGUCUUUGAUGCUCUGAUUUAUGUAAUAGGACUUAUUGCAGAUAGAAAAUUUCAGCAUUUCAAUACUGUACUGGAGGCUUAUAUACAGCAACAUUUCAGUGCAACUUUAGCCUACAAGAAAUUAAUGGCAGUUCUGAAGACUUACUUGGAUACUUCAAGCAGAGGAGAACAGUGUGAACCUAUAUUAAGAACCCUAAAAGCUCUCGAAUAUGUAUUCAAGUUCAUAGUUCGAUCAAGGACUUUGUUCUCUCAAUUAUAUGAAGGCAAAGAACUGGCAGAAUUUGAAGAAGCCAUGAGGAGCCUUUUUGAGUCAAUCAACAACCUGAUGAGAAGUCAACUUAAAACAACUAUUUUAUUACAGAUGGCUGCCUUGAAGUAUAUUCCAUCUGUUCUCCAAGAUGUAGAAACAGUGUUUGAUGUCAGAUUGCUCAGCCAGCUCUUACGUGAAUUUUUCACCUGCAUUCCAGCAAAGCUACAGAAGCAAAAAGUUCAAUCCAUGACAGAAAUUGUAUGCAGCAGCCUCUUUAAAAAACAAGAAUGCAGAGACAUUCUCCUCCCUGUCAUUACCAAAGAACUGAAGGAAUUAUUGGAUCCAAAGGAAGAAAUGCAGAACAAUGUACAACAGGAGAAAAAAUAUUGCAUUGAAUUACUCAACAGCAUCCUAGAAGUUCUCAGCUGUCAAGAUGCAGCAUCAACCUAUCAGCACAUACAAAAAAUAAUGAUCCAGUUGCUGCGCACUAUUAACAGGACUGUCAUUAGAAUGGGAAGAGAUGACACUUUAAUCGUGAGUCAUUCAUUUUGUAAAUAUACUUUACUACCAGGGUUUGGGGGACUCAGUGCUUGUGGACUCUGUGUGAUCCAAGAUCUCCACGUUGGAGACAUGGUCUUGCCAAUGAAUGCUGAGGAUGCAGCAGAGAAUGCACAUGUGAAAUUUCUCCAGUUGUUCAGAGUCCAGGAUUCACAUGCAUACAGUGCCAAAAGCCACACUGUGCCUCUGGAGGUUGCUUUCCGAGACAGUGACAAGUCUGUUCAGAAGAAUGCGGGCAAAGAUUUUGCCUGCAAUGGACAGCAGCGAGAUACCCCUGUAGUUUCCGCAGUCUGA